UAUCUGUGCGCCCACUGAUGCUGACGUAAUGACAAACGUCGACAGGAAGGCGGCAGUUUGAAUUUUGUUUACUGGGAGUUUAGGCGUGGAAAGGGAAAGAGACGCAAUUUAUUACAGAGAGUUUUAUAUUAUUGUCAAAUCAGAUUUUUCUCUCUGUGACGGUAAUCUUAAUAUUUUAUAAAAUAUGAAUAAUAAGGUGCCUAGAGCUAACUUGAAAUCAAUACUGAAGAAAAAGAAACCCCAUCUGCGGCUCGCCACAAACACCGAUGUAUUGGUGCAUUUAAGCCUCCUGCUGUUCCUGCAUCGAUUGGCAGAAGAAUCCAGAGCGAAAGCUUUUGAAAACAGGAGCUCAACCAUUAAACCAGAUCACGUGUUGAAAGUAGCAAAGGGUGUUCUGAGGAGAGCCAGAGGAUGAGGAAAACCUUCCUGGGAGGGUUUGGAGGUUCAAAUAAACUCACACUGUGCCAUUGUCUAUUCGAAGACUAUCUGCUACAGCAUUUAAAACUCUUAAAAUGUUCUUCUCGUUUUAUUGUUUUUUUCUGCUCUAAUAGAUUGAUUGACAGUGGUGCACAGCCACUUUGCUUACUGUACUUGUGUCUGUAUUGUCAGCAAUGAGGCUACAGGAUUUUGUCUGGCUAUCUGAUAUGUUCUGCAGUGUUCAGAGUUCAUUUAAAACUGUUCCUAAUUCUCCUUUGACUUAUAUUCUGUAAAACAAGUCUCUGUUUAUAACUACCCAUUUUACUUGUUUCACAUUAGGUUAACUAGUAUAUUCCUGCUGUUAAUGUGCAUUGUAAAAUGUAAUGCAUUGCUACUUCCUUGCUCUCACCAACUUUAAGGAGGCUUUGAAUUAUUUAAUAAACUAUUUUAUCAUAUUGAAUUAGGAUAUUAAUAUUUACAAUCUGAUUAGCUUUUCCAAUUGUUGAAUUUAUUUGCCAAAUACCUUGGAUAUUUACCCAGAAGAAAACAAAUGAUUAAUAUUUUGGAUUGUUUUGUAUGUUUUCAAUUUUGUUAUCUAACCUAGUUGCAUAAUAUUUAACAUUGUGCUGAACAUAAAAAUAAGUUCCUUUUUUUUUUAAAUAGAAAAAAGUAUUCUGUUCAUGGUGACCUCAACACUACAUCUCUGGAGAACCAUACAACUUCAGUAGUAAGAAUUUGUCAACAGCAUUUUAAAUAGUUUAUUCUGUUAAGUUUCCUUUUUAUAUAUCAAAACAAUUGUCUGGAUUAACCUUAAAAUGAGAUAAAUAACAUUUAACAAGCAACUUGCAACUAAACUACUGUUUGAUAUGCUGCAUGAUUAAAUCAAUACAACAGUUCUGUUUUUAAACAGCAGGUGGCAAUAAUUCUGAGGCUGUCAAACUAAAUUGUAUAAUGCCAGUAUUGCAUAUCCUAGUACUGUAUACUCUCAGUUGUCCUAUUUAGGAAACCAUUGUUUUGUAAUACUUAGUUUUGCUUUAUGUAAAACAUCCUUGUAUGAGAAAAGCUGUACUGAAAGUUAAAAUCUUAUUGAAGUUU